ACGAUGAAGCACGGGACGUUGGUCCUGCCCUCAGACCGAGCCAGGGAGUACCUAGACUGCCUGGGAAAAAACAUCGACAUACAAUUUAUCGACAUGAACGAAAAGACGAUGAAGAGGCAGUAUAAGAAAUACAUCCAAAGGAUAGACGACAUGGAAAGAAUUCUUCGAUUUUUGGAAGAAAAUAUAAAAAAAUUACCAAAUGUAAAAAUUAAAAAAAGCAAAAUAGACUCAUUUUUGGAACAUGAUAAUGUAUACGAAUUGGAUCAAGUUGAAGAAUCGCUAAACCGUUUGCAUGUUCAGUUUGUUCGAUUUUGUAACAACAACAAGGAUUUGGUAGACGAGAGGAACAACGCUGUAGAGGAGAAGCAUGUGAUAUUAACUGCCAUGAAUCAGCUAAAUCCAGAUGGAACAAAGAAUGGAAAUCUUGGGAAAAAACUACCUGAAAAUUCGAUACCUUAUGAUGAGGUGAAUGAUGAGAGUGUAUCUCUACAAACGAAUAUGAUCAAGGAUGGGAUUAACAUGAUGAUGUUCACUAACAUCUCAGGAGUAAUAAAAACAAAAGAUCAAGAAAGCUUUAGUCGAACCAUUUUUAGAGCAUUGAGAGGGAAUACUUAUACGUAUUUUCAAAGUAUCGACGAGAGUGCAGCUUCUUCCAUGGGAGGAGGAGUGGAUGGGAUGAAGGAUGGAGAUGAAGGUGGGGGAGCAUCUUCCUCUAGUAUACACAACGGAAAUGAUAACGAUGAUAUAAUGGAUGAAAAGAACGAUAUAGAUAAUGACAAAGGAAAGAAUAACGAACCGAAGAGUGUCUUUGUUGUGUAUUGUCAAGGAUCCUCUCAAAGCAACAUUUAUCAUAAAAUUCUGAAAAUAUGCAAAGCGUAUGAUGUGAAGACGUAUGAUUGGCCAAAAACGUAUGAACAGGCAAGGCAAAGAUUGAAGGAAUUGAAGGAGAUCAUCACAGAUAAGGAAAAGGCAUUGAAAGCAUACGAGGAAUAUUUUAUAAAUGAAAUUUUUGUUCUCAUUAACGUUGUUGAACCGAAUAAGAAUAGCCUGAUAGAAGAAUGGAAAUUAUUUUGUAAAAAGGAGAGAUAUAUAUACAACAGCUUGAACUGUUUCGAAGGGAGUGACAUCACUUUGCGAUGUGACUGUUGGUUUAGUGCAAACGAUGAGGAGAAAAUAAGACAUAUGCUGAUUACGAAGUCGUCGAACGAUUUGGUAUCUGCUCUCCUGUUGUCAGAUAAGGUCCUCACUCCGAACAUCUCCCCCCCGACGUAUAUCAAAACGAAUAAGUUUACAAAAUCGUAUCAAUCGAUGGUAGAUACAUAUGGCAUCCCUCGUUAUGGAGAAAUCAAUCCAGCCAUUUCGACUAUUAUUACCUUUCCCUUUCUUUUUGGAAUCAUGUACGGAGAUGUAGGACACGGAGUUUGUCUCUUUCUUUUUGCUCUCUUUCUAAUUAUAAUUAAUCAUCGUAUAAAGAAUAAAAAUCAAAACGAGAUGGUAAGUAUGCUGUUGGAUGGAAGGUAUAUGUUGCUUCUGAUGGGAUUUUUCGCUAUUUACGCAGGGUUCCUAUACAACGAUUUUUUUUCCAUGCCGUUGAAUUUGUUUACUUCCAUGUUUGAAGUAGAUAAAGAAGUCGAUUCUGUGAUUUACUACAAAAGGAGGAAGGUAAUGAAUACAGCCAGUGGUCAGAUGGAGGAUGCAAAUCCGUACAUUUUUGGUUUCGAUGCAAAAUGGUUAGGAGCAGAAAAUGAGUUGACUUAUAUUAACUCGUUUAAGAUGAAAUUUUCCAUUAUUAUCGGAUUUUUGCAUAUGACGUUUGGUGUCCUCAUGAAAGGAUUGAAUGCAUUACAUUAUCGGAGAAAGCUGGAUUUUUUUUUCGAGUUUUUACCACAACUUUUGAUGAUGUUGUCAAUUAUUGGCUACCUGGUAUUUCUGAUUAUUUACAAAUGGGUGACUCCUAUAGGGUAUGGAGGUUACCAGAAGCAAGGUAUCAUCAAUACUGUUAUUAAUAUGUAUUUAAUGAAAGACUUGACGGCUCAGAAUCAGUUCUAUGCUCACCAGGGAUUGGUUCAGGCUUUCCUGAUUGCUAUUUUUGUUUUAUGUAUUCCGCUCAUGUUUGUUUGUAAGCCUGCCAUUCGAACGUACCAUAUCAUGAAGGAGAAGAAGAACGGGGGAGGGUUAUCCCGGGGAGGCAGCUACUCUCACCACGAGGAGAAGGAAAUGACGCACACGUUUAAUCACUUGGUAGGCGGGGGCACCUUGGUUGGGUUACACGGGGUAGUGGGUGGCGUGGGUAAUGGAGCAAACCUGGCGAACGGCGGUUCCUCUGCUCCCUCCUUGCACAAGCGAAGCCCCAACGUGUCCUUCCCAAGCGGGGGUGCCUCCAACAACCGCGAGGAGGAUUAUCUCUCCCCCAGGAGGCGAAACAAGCCAACGGAUGAUGAGAUGGAGGCCCACCUCCUUAGCCCUGCAUCCCCCGAGCACCCAGACGGUGUGGCGGAGUCCUUCGGAGCCGGAUCCGUGGGAACGAACCACCACGAGGAAAACAUCUCAGAAAUAUGGAUCGAGCAGUUAAUCGAAACGAUCGAAUUUAUUUUGGGCCUAAUCAGCAACACGGCUUCGUACCUGCGACUGUGGGCCUUGUCCCUAGCGCACCAGCAGCUGUCCUUUGUCUUUUUCGAGCAGACCAUCCUGAACUCGCUCAAAAAGGAUAGCUUCAUGUCCGUACUUAUUAACCUUAUUGUGUUUUCUCAGCUGUUCUCCAUCCUCACCAUCGCUGUGAUUCUGUGCAUGGACACGCUCGAGUGCUUCCUCCACUCCCUGCGGCUGCAGUGGGUGGAAUUCCAGAACAAGUUUUACAAAGGCGACGGCAUUCCCUUCCGCCCCUUCAAUAUUAAGAAGCUGCUCUCGGAGAGCGACUAA